GCUAAUUAACUCAAAACACCUGCAAAGCUUUCCUGAGCCUUUAAUCUCUGAGUCUGGUUUAGUACAUACAACCACAAUCAUGGGGAAGAUGAAAGUAGAUUUUGCAUUUCAUUUGGAAAUCAAGGUCCCAGAGUCUGGAGGAAGAGUGGAGAGGCACAGAAUCCAAGUUGCUUGAAGUCCAGUGUGAAGUUUCCACAGUCAGUGAUGAUUUGUGGUGCCAUGUCAUCUGCUGGUGUUGCUCCAAUGUGUUUUCUCAAGUCGAGAGUCAAUGCAGCAUCUACCAGGAGCUUUUAGAGCACUUCAUGCUUCCAUCCACUGACGAGCUUUAUGGAGAUGCUGAUUUCCUUUUCCAGCAGGACUUGACCCCUGUCCACAGUGCCAAAACUACUAGUAACUGGUUUGCUGACCAUGGUAUUACUGUGCUUGAUUGGCCAGCCAACUCACCUGACCUGAACCCCAUAGAAAUCUAUGGGAGACACUAGAUGUAACAAUACAGGCAUGCUGAAGGUCGCUAUCAAAGCAACCUGGGCUUCCAUGACACCUCAGCAGUGCCACAGGCUGAUUGAGUUGAUUGUUAGUGACCUCUGGUUUAAAAAUAAUUUUAAAAAUAAGCCAGGCCUUAGCUGAAAUCCCCAAAUCCCUCUGCAGCCUCCAUUAGCAUGCAGUAGUUCAAUGUAUGCACUUCAGGCUUGUGAUCACGAGAUGGCACUAGCGUGCACGGUGUAAAAAAGCUUUGCGUAAUGAACUUUUUCGAAACGUCCGGGAGGAAAGCUUCAUUUUUCUAGCACUGAUUUUGUUUAAUUGCAUAUUUUUCGUUGACAUAUGCAAGGGGUCCAACUGUACGUUGUGCAGAUGCAUCUUUUCCGCCCAGUAUAAGAUUGCCCAUGGAGUCAGGUAGAACUAUCAGAAACUAUACUCAGCAGAAAAAUAGGAAUGUCCCUUUUUCAGGAGACUGUAUUUUAAAGAUAAUUUUGUAAAAUCCAUUGGAAAGGGUUUAAACAAUGUUUUUCAUGCUUGUUCAAUGAAUCAUAAGCAAUUAUUGCACAUGCACCUGUGCAACAGUCCUUAAGACACUAACAGUUUACAGGCGGUAGGCAAUUAAGGUCACAGUUACAAUAACUUAGGACACUAAAGAGACCUUUCUAGUGACUCAGAAAAACACCAGAAGAAAGAUGUCUAGGGUUCCUGCUCACCUGCAUGAACAUGCCAUAGGUCUGCUGCAGGGAGGCAUGAGGACUGUAGGUGUGGCCAGAGCAAUAAACUGCAAUGUCUGUAACGUAAGACGCCUAACACAGUGCUACAGGGAGACAGGAAGGACAGGGAGACAGGACAGGAGGAAUCGUCCUUGCAGUGAAAAAUUACAUGUAACCAUAUGUCCCCCAGACGUGAUCGAGAACUUGCAAAUGCUUUGGUGGAAGAGUGGAGUAACACCUCACAGCAAGAACUGACAAAUCUGGUGCAGUCCAUGAGGAUGAGAUCCACUGUAGUACUUAAAGCAGCUGGUGGCCACCAGAUACUGACUCUUACUUUUGAUAUUGACCUCCCCCCCUUUGUUCAGGGACUUAUUCCAUUAUUUGAAUGUGUGAGGACGUUUCUUUUUUGCUGAGUCUAUCUAUCUAUCUAUCUAUCUAUCUAUCUAUCUAUCUAUCUAAUCUAAUCUAUAAUUGGGGGGAUUAAAAAAAGUGCAAAUGCAAAUUCAGAUAUGAAUUACAGAAAAAGGUAUUCCCCUAUUUUAUAUAUUCAGAAAGGUCGAAAAGCCCAAAAGCACCUUCAUUCUUUCCAAAAGAGGUUCCGUGCUAUUGUCUCAUACAGUGCAAAUGCAGAGGGGUUUUUUUUCACUGAAGUAAAACCAGUGGACAAAGGAAAUGAAUCACUAAAGGGCUUCUGUGCAAUAAUAAUAAUAAUAAGCGUAAGAAGACUUCCAUGCCUUAAGGGAAGUAUAGUCUACUGAAAAGUGUUUAAUCAAAGAGUUGACUUCAAUCCAGGCUAAUUAGCUGAUUAGCUGAAUCAGGUGUUGAGGCAAGGAAAACUCAGGACAGGGUAUUCCAGGACCAAGGCUGUCAACCUGUCAAUUAGAAAAUAAUACGCAUGCGCGGAGCAAUAUAAUUCCUUACACGGCAAAGUAAUUAACCAGAUUAAUUAAGCACUGUCCUGCUAUCUAACUUUGUGUACUACACUGCUGACGUGUUACUGAGCACGGCAUAGAGCAAGGUUGCGUUGUGACAGAUUGCUUAGUAGUGAGGUUAGAGCUCAGCCAUAGCUGACUAAGUCCUGUGAAGUGAAACCUACGUGACUUUACGAGCAUCUCUCAUACUGACGAUCUCACUCAAUCUGAUAUCGCAUUUGUUCUUGAGCUGUUGAUCAUGUCGCAGGUGUUGCUUUGGCUGCUUUUUGUCGUCACUUUGCCUCUUCAAACAUGUAGAGGUGACAAAUCUCAGGGCUACAAUGAGGAUACCAGGGAGACGUCUAAUAAAGGGAAGACCAUGGAAGACCUUAAGAAGCAAAGUGGCUGUCAACCUCGAGAAACUUUGAUCAAUGUUUAUGAUGAAUUUCCGGACGAGAUACAAUACACCAUUGUGCCUCAUUGUGUGCCAUUGCAACGGUGUUUGGGCUGCUGUACAGACGAGGAGCAAAUGUGUAUGCCUAAAAGAACCGAGACAGUUAACUUGGAGGUGUUCCGCACUUAUUCUAAUGGCACACCUGAAAUAAUCAAGUUGCCAUUUUUGAAGCACACUCGGUGCCAUUGCAGGCACCAGAAGAAGAAGAAUAAUUAGACUGAUCCUUUUGUGAUGCAUAAUUUAACCAUUUUAAACUUAAUUUUUGUUACAUUCUAAAAAUGAUUUUGUUGUAUUUAAAAUAAUUAAAUGCUGGUUUCAGUCUUUAAAUAAUGACUAAGUAAUGUUAUGCCUGUAUUUAAUAUAUUUUAAAAGAUCUUAUAUUGUGUAAUAUAAGAGUGAGAGUAAACCCAUAUUCACACAUUUACAAAAAGGGGAGAAGAGUUAAAUUCGGGUUAAAAUCAUGAUGCACAAACUCAUGAGUUCUUACACCUCAUCUUAGAUUCUUAUUAAUUAUUAAAUGUCUACCUGUUUAGCCUUCUUUUGAUAUUUCUGAUAUUUUUCACUAUCUGGGAUCAUUCUUAGGUCUACACAACAUAAGAAUUUUUUUUUUAAUAUGGAGUUUGAGCAUAUAAUGAUUUAGUCAUAAAAAUACUAAUUUAUACGUAUAAAUGAAUGUAUAAAUGCAGACCUUGUUCGUUAUAUUUAUAAAGUAUAAGGCAAAUAUAAAUAGUCUUUUUUUCUUUCAAAUAACUAUAAGAAGGCUAUUUUUAACACCUUGGAACACUCCUUCUUUUACUUUUGACCCAGUUAAGUUACUAUAAUGAAAAGUGUUAAAUAUGGGUAUGACUUCGUUAGUAGUUUCUGGUAAUAGGCCUAUGCAUCCCGUGGUGCACUGCGCAUGUUCGUUUCUUAAAUAAAUUAAGUAUUUUAAAGUAAUUUGGCACAGGUAGAUAUAAUUUUGAAGACUGCAAAGACUUUUUAUAAUGUUUGAUUUAUGUUGUAUGUUAAUUCCCUCUCUAAAUUGAAUUAAAUUGAAUCUUGAUGAUCUGUUUCCCAUUAUCUGCAGCGUGUUGCUUAUGCUACAAGAAGUGACUCUGACUAAAUGUCACUGUAGUUUGGAUAUCAGUAAAAGUUUUUGUAGUUUCAUACUGUGGUGGAGUUUCAUUCUGAGUUUGAAGUCAGUUUAGUGAGGGUUUUUUUUUAUUUGCGUAACGUUCCGGAGAAAUAAGAGAAACAUCCCGCAUAAUUGAAAUUGCACACAUAAUUCAAAGGGAUACAUCAUGCAAACAAGUCUGUGUAUUUCAAGUGAUGUAAUCUAG